CAUGUGGCUUGCUGAUUCAAUUGGCUUCUCUCCACAACACAGCGUCUAUCUGAGUGAUGUUGUAAGACAGUUAAAAAAAAACUGCUAUCGCCAGCGCAAGCAAGAAGGGAAAUGUGAGUGGUGUGAUUGUCUUCAGCAGCAGGUGAUGCUGAGAUCGUCAAGACAAGAGAAAACAAAAAUGAAAUAUUUUAUCUUUCUGCUGUGUGGUGGAUUUGUGACCGUCACAUUAACACAACAGCAACAAGUCCAGUUUCACUCUGAACGCAGGGGAGAGCUGCCUCAAAAUGUCAGUUCCGAUUCGCACAAUGCUGAAGUCACACCUUCACCAUCCGACCAAGAAGCAUCAAUCCCCGACUUACAAACAAUCCACAUGUUAACGGAAAAGAACAGCGAAUUUGGUUUUAACCUCUACAGGAAAAUAGCAAAUCUAUAUGAAGAUAAUGUAUUUUUUUCACCUAAUACGGUCUCCACAAUAUUUGCCAUGCUGUCCCUUGGUGCUAAAGGACCAACUUGUGACAACAUACUCCAAGGGCUUAAUAUAGACGAUUUAGGCAAUAUCAGUGACAAAUAUCAACUACACAGUCUGUUCCAUUGGCUUCACCGCAACAUUACCAGUAACAAGGGUUUCUUCAUCUCUCAAGGAAAUGCUCUAUUUAUACAGAAUGACCUUGAACUGAAACAAACGCUCAUCAAUGAUCUUUCCAAUUAUUACAAUGCUGAUAUUAACCGCGUAAACUUUCAAGACACGGUCAAGACCAAAAAUAUUAUUAACCAAUAUAUUCGCAACAAAACAAAUGGAAAAAUCAACCAGUUGCUGGACACUGUGGAUUCUGGAGCCAAACUUAUGUUAACUAAUUACAUCUUAUUUAAAGGGCAGUGGGAGGCACCCUUUGAUCCAAAUUUGACAGAAAUUGGAACCUUCUAUGUGAACGCAUAUACUAGAGUAAAAGUUCCAAUGAUGUAUAAAGAAGGUUCAUUUUUGUCAACAUAUGAUGAAAACUAUUCGUGUACAGUUCUGAAGCUUCCAUACAAGGAAAGUGCAAGCAUGUUGGUGGUGAUUCCAGCAGAUACGGGCUAUCAACUCCUGGAAGAUGAUCUAUCAGUGGGAUUGGUUGCCCAGUGGAUUAAAGCCAUGAGAUUCAAGCAUAUAGAUCUGUAUUUUCCAAGAUUUAAAUUGGACAAGUCGUACAAGAUGGAAAAGAAGUUAAAACAGUUGGGAAUAAUUAUGCCUUUCACAAAUGCUGCUGAUUUGUCUGGAAUCUCCUCAUCACACCGGCUGAAGAUAUCUGAGGUUAUUCACAAAGCAGUGAUUAACGUAAACGAGAGAGGAACAGAAGCCGCUGCCUCCACUGGGACUUUUGCCGUGCCUUACUCACUGCCACCUCUCAUAAAAGUAGACCACCCAUUCCUCUUUAUGAUCCAUGAAGAUAUAACAAAAACUCUGCUCUUUAUAGGAAGGGUGAAUGAUCCCACCAAACUGUGAAGGAUCUUUUGAUCAAAGUAAUCAUUUACAUUUUAAUUUGUUUGCUGAUACUUAACUAAUACCCUAGUUGCCACAAUCAUGGGUUUAACAUGUUUAAUCAUGAUUAUCUCAAUUCAGCAAAGUUAUACUGAAUUGAGAAAUAAAAGUAUGUUUACUCAUAAACCAUGUACCAUUUCAGAUCAGAUUAAAAAAAGCGAUAUUAAAAUAUCAAUCUACGAUUUUGUAUAAAUCUAUAUACUGUCAUCCUUAUAAUAUACUGUCUUCCUUAUAGUAUACUGUAUUCCUUAUAAUUGUUUGAUAUAUUAGUACCAAUAGGUGAAUAGGCACAGGUAGUUUAGAUAUGACUUUGGUAUUGGGCUUGGUUUCUUGGUUGAGUGCUUAUCUUGAUGUUAUAACACUAGUACUUUGUGUGUUAAUAGUAAUGUCAAAAUAGUUUCAUUGAUUGUUCUCAGUAUAUUGUGGAACAAAGUCACAUGCAAGGGGACAGUAAAGCUAUGUAUCAAAGGGAUACUCACAUGAAGAAUUCCCAGAGACUCGAGUCAUCAAAGAGGAAAGUGGGUGAGCUGAUGUUGCACUGCACUUGUUCCUGGUACAAAAUGACAGAUCAGUUGAGAGAAAAGGGAGUAGAGAUCAGUCCCUUGCUCUGAAAUCUCAUACAGUUAUACGGCACGGCAGAAGACCCUCCAGCCCAACUAGCCUGCAUUUGGCCCAUAUCCCUUGAAACCUUUGCUAGCCAUGUACCUGUCCAAGUGCCUUCAAGGUGUUGUAACUGCACCUGCCUCAACUACAGUACCUCCUCUGGCAUCUCAUUCCAUACACCCAAUAUUCUCUGAGUGGAAAGAUUGCUCCUCAGUUUCCCAUUAAAUCUUUCCCUCUCACGUUAAGCCCAGUUUACACCAGUGCAACAUUGUAAACAAGAUGCAUCAGUACUGCUUCCAUUUCCUGUUUUGUAACUUCUGCUUCCAUAUCCAAUCAUGACCAUCUGUGCUUUUGGGCAUCUAAAAUACUGUCUCCUCCUGGCUUCCUCUUCCUGGAGCCACAACUCUGCUACAGGCAUUUUACU